GCAGCCUACAGCGAGGACAAGGGAUGCCGGAAUACAAUGGAGGACGUGUGCGUUCUGCAAUUGGACGCGCGGCCCGAAGAACACCAACCCAACUGCAGUCUUGCCUAUUUUGGCAUCUUUGACGGGCACGGGGGUGUUUCCUGCGCGUCCUUCGCCGCACAGCACCUGCACUCGCGGGUUCUGGAUAGUGGCUUGAUUCGCAAGCCCGACGCCAAGGCGUGCAAGGCGGCUAUUGUCGAGGGUUACAAGAAGACUGAUGAAGCAUUGCUGAAGGAAUGCACAGCGAUGAAUUGGCAGGAUGGUGCUUGCGCCGUGACAGUCUGGGUCCUCCAAGGUUUGGUCCUCGUGGCAAAUGUGGGCGAUGCCAAGGUUGCCGGCAGCUCAACCAAUACCAGCACCACAGCUGGUACUGGUACUGCAGUGGACCCCAAGCCGCGGGCUAUCUUGCUGACGAAGGAGCACACGGCACUGUUAGAGCGGCAACGUAUCGAGAAGGCAGGGGGCUCGGUGGUGAAUGGGCGCCUGGCGGGCCGCAUUCAGGUGGCGAGAUCCUUUGGCGAUGCGGCGUUUAAGAAGAUGGGCUGCUCCGGCACACCGGACGUGACCGCGUUUCAGCUGACCUCUCGCGACUUGUUCCUGCUGCUGGGCUGCGACGGCUUCUGGGGCGUGUUUGGCGCCCAGGAGGCGGUGGAUGUCGUACACUCGCUGCUGAAUGAGGGGCUGGGAGCCAAGGCCGUCACCAAUCGGUUGAUCAACAUUGCCGUACGGGAGAAGCGUUGCAAAGACAACUGCAGUGUCAUGCUGGUUUGGUUCGGAACCGUG